UUAAAACAGGAGACUGAUACCUGCAUGGUGGUUCCUGUUGAUAAGCAAACAUACCAAACUGAAUCAGAACCAAACAGGAACCAAGACAUCUUAAAAAAGCCUGAUGAAACUGACAACAAAAAUCAGGAAAGAAGAAAUUUUUUUUGUGUGACCUGUGGAAAAAGUUUCGGUCGAAAACAGCAUUUAACUAAGCACAUGAUGAUUCACACUGGUGAAAAGCCGUUUUCAUGUGUGAACUGUGAAAAAAGUUUUCGUCAAAAACAGCAUUUAACUCAGCACAUGAUGAUUCACACUGGUGAAAAGCUGUUUUCAUGUGUGAACUGUGGAAUAUGUCUUAGUCAAAAACGGGCAUUAACUCAGCACAUGAUGAUUCACACUGGUGAAAAGCCUUUUUCAUGUGUGAACUGUGGAAAAUGUUUUAGUCAAAAACAUUAUUUAACUCAGCACAUGAUCAUUCACACUGGUGAAAAGCUGUUUUCAUGUGUGAACUGUGGAAAAAGUUUUAGACAUAAACUUUGUUUAACUCGGCACAUGAGGAUUCACACUGGUGAAAAGCCGUUUUCAUGUGUGAACUGUGGAAAAAGUUUUAGACAUAAACUUUCUUUAACUCGGCACAUGAGGAUUCACACUGAUGAAAAACCUUUUUCAUGUGUGACUUGUGGAAAAAGUUUUAGUCAAAAACAGGAUUUAACUCGGCACAUGAUGAUUCACACUGGUGAAAAGCCAUUUUCAUGUGUGACCUGUGGAAAAAGUUUUAGUCAAAAACAGCAUUUAACUGAGCACAUGAUGAUUCACACUGGUGAAAAGUCUUUUUCAUGUGUGAACUGUGGAAAAAGUUUUAGACAUAAACUUUGUUUAACUCGGCACAUGAUGAUUCACACGGGUGAAAAGCCAUUUUCAUGUGUGAACUGUGGAAAAAGUUUUGGUCAAAAACAGCAUUUAACUCAGCACAUGAUGAUUCACACUGGUGAAAAGCCGUUUUCAUGUGUGACCUGUGGAAAAAGUUUUAGACAUAAACUUUGUUUAACUCAGCACGUGAGGAUUCACACUGGUGAAAAGCUGUAGAAGUAUUUUCCAUACUUGUUCUAUGUUGAGGUUCACUAUAGGAUUAAUUUAGUUAACUACUAGAAUUAAAGGCUGGAGGGUUCUCAUGUCUAUAAAGUUGAAAAUUGUUGUAUUUGUUAAAUGUGAUCAUAUGGACGUUGUGCAACCAUCCAAAAGCAAUAAUGAUCAACUUUAUGUUAUUGUAUUAACAUGUUGUUUAUAUCAGACUGUAUGUUGUGUUUGUGCAAUGUGAAGAGCAGAGGGCUCAGCUCAGAGCCCUGAGGAGAGCCAGUACUGAUGCUGAUAGAUGAAGAGACAUUGUGGUCCAUUGUGACUAAUUUCAUGCAUUAACAGAGUUUGACUGGACAUGGACUCCCUUCCAGAACAUUCUCACAGGAUUGGACUUGAGGGAUUGAUUUGUAUUAUUCUAUUCUGUAUAGAGAAAGUGUGAGGGAUGGAUGUUGUUUACCUUAAUACACUUAUCAAAAAUACAAUGUGCUGUUAUGCACUGACUUUACAUUUUCACUGAUGUACAAUGAAAAACACAUUUUAAAACUUUGUAAAAUCAUACAUUUAUUUUUCUUGAUUUUAUAAAGUACAGUUGAUUAUUA